AUGUCGACUCACAAAGCCCUGGUGCUUCACGCCCGGGACAAGCCACUCGUCCUUGAAACCGUCCCCCGCCCCGUUGCGACAACCGGAGACGCAAUCGUUCGCAUCCUAGCUGCCGAUAUCGUUCCAUACAUGGGAGAAGUGAUCAGCAACAAACGUCCCUACCCGCUUUCUCUUCCCAUGACACCGGGAAACACCGCCAUCGGGCGAGUCCACGAAGUCGGACCGGACUCCGUUGCUCUCACGCCAGGCCAGCUCGUCUUCUGUGAUAUUACCAUCCGAGCCCGUGAUAACCCCGCUGUCUCUAUUCUCUAUGGCAUCCAUGGGGGCGGAUAUCCAGCGGCGCAGAAACUCAUGGACGGGGUUUGGCGAAACGGGACAUACGCCGAAUACACACGGUUCCCCUUGGAGAAUCUGUACCCCCUUAAUGAGGACCUUCUUCUUGGGAAACUAGGUUAUACCAUCAACGAUCUCUGUCUUAUGCCUGUCUGCCUCGUUCCGUUUGGCGGCCUUUCGGAGGUCGACCUAAAACCCGGCGAGAUAGUGAUCGUGGCACCCGCAACGGGGCGAUAUGGUGGUGCCGCCGUUGGAAUUGCAUUGGCAAUGGGCGCGACCGUUAUCGCUGCCGGGCGUAAUAUGGCUGCGUUGGAAAAGCUUAGAGAAACCUAUGGCACCAGUCGGUUAAGGACGGUCCAGAUCACUGGCGAUGGUGCUGCUGAUACAGAGUUAUUCCGUGCAGCGGCUGGGAAACCGGAUGGCGCAGAUGUAUACCUCGACCUUUCGCCACCAGCGGCUCAGGGAUCGUCGCUGCUAGCAUCUGGCAUACGGGCAUUGCGUGUAUUUGGUCGAUGCGUCGUGAUGGGAGGGAAUUCAGGGAAUAUCGACUUUCCUUACCUUGAGGUCAUGUUUAAGAGCAUUCGGAUUCAAGGGCGGUUUAUGUACGAUCGCCGGCAUGUGUUACAGAUUAUUCAGAUGAUCGAGUCCGGAUUGUUUCCUCUUGGUAAGAAGUCUGGUGUCACUCAGACGGAGGAGUUUGGGCUUGAGGAGAUCCAAGGGGCACUGGAGGCAGCUGGGAAGCUGAGUGGUUGGGGUGGGCAUGUUGUACUGAAGCCAUAG